AUGUCUUUCACUGCUUUACUGAAACUAGGCAGGGGGCUUCGCACUUCACUAUCGGUACUUCCAAGCCUGAAGUUGACAUGGGAAACGAGCCUUAGUCCUCAGGCUAGUAGUACUCGCAUAUUCCAAAAGCUUCUUGAUAAGGGAAAUGAACAGCAAAUUGACGAUUUACUCACGGACAAUGGAAUUCUUUUAGCGGUUCCAAAAAAAAAGGUUUCACACCAGAAGAAGAGGCAAAAGUUGUAUGGGCCUGGCAGAAAACAGCUUCAGAUGAUUCACCACCUCAACCGGUGCCCGUCUUGUGGUCAUUUCAAAAGAGCGAACACUCUGUGCAUGCAUUGUGUAGGUGAAAUUCGCCAUAUCUGGAAGGCGCACACUGUGAAGGAAACCUCGCAGCCAAUACAAGAGCUGGAGUUGUCAGAGUUAGACAAGAGAGUUCUUUACCCGGGAAAAAAGGAGACAGAAUAUACUAAAAAUUGA